UAGAAAGACGCGUAUAUAUGUUCAAUCAGUUGAUACAAAAAUUACAUUAUCUCAUUCAUUUUCUACUUCUUACUUUCUCUUCUUUCACAUCUUGUGCUUCCUCUAAGUUUCUUUAGGAGAUCUCUAAAGUUCUUCAGUUUGUUUGUUCUACACACUUUCAUAUCUCAGCUUGUGUUUUUGAGACAAAGAUCUCAAUUUGUUUGUUCUCACACUUUCAGAGAGUUUUAAGACUCAAUAUAUCAUGGCAGAGUUGGUAGCUGGGGCAUUUCUUCAGUCUUCCUUUCAAGUGAUUAUUGAGAAGUUGGCUUCAGUUGAUAUUAGAGACUACUUCAGUAGUAACAAUGUUGAUGCUCUUGCGAAAGAACUUAAUAAUGCACUUGAUUCUAUCAACCAAGUACUAGACGAAGCAGAGAUAAAGCAGUACCAAAACAAAUAUGUGAAGAAGUGGCUUGAUGAACUUAAACAUGUUCUUUAUGAAGCAGACCAACUAUUGGAUGAGAUUUCUACUGAUGCAAUGCUAAAUAAGGUGAAAGCUGAAUCUGAACCACUUACCACCAAUUUAUUGGGCUUGGUUUCAGCUUUAACUACAAAUCCAUUUGAAUGUAGGCUCAAUGAACAGCUCGAUAAACUAGAACUUCUUGCAAAGCAAAAGAAAGAUUUGAGAUUGGGAGAAGGUCCUAGUGCUAGUAAUGAAGGCUUAGUCAGUUGGAAACCUUCAAAAAGGUUGUCAUCUACAGCUCUCCUGGAUGAGUCAAGCAUAUAUGGUAGAGAUGAUGAUAAGGAAAAACUAAUCAAGUUUUUACUUACAGGCAAUGACAGUGGCAACCAGGUUCCAAUAAUUAGCAUAGUGGGUUUAGGAGGGAUGGGGAAAACCACCCUUGCUAAGCUUGUGUACAACGACAACAAGAUAAAGAAGCAUUUUGAACUUAAAGCAUGGGUCUAUGUUUCAGAAUCUUUCGAUGUUUUUGGACUCACCAAAGCAAUUCUCAAGUCAUUUAAUCCUUCAGCAGAUGGUGAAGACUUGAAUCAACUCCAACAUCAACUCCAACACAUGUUAAUGGGAAAGAAAUACUUGCUUGUUUUAGAUGAUAUCUGGAAUGGGAGUGUAGAAUAUUGGGAGCAGCUACUACUUCCGUUUAACCAUGGAUCUUCUGGAAGUAAAAUUAUCGUGACAACACGUGAAAAGGAGGUAGCAUGUCAUGUUCUAAAAUCAACCGAAUUAUUUGAUUUACAACAAUUGGAAAAAAGCAAUUGUUGGAGAUUAUUUGUGACACAUGCGUUUCAAGGAAAAAGUGUUUGUGAAUAUCCAAAUCUUGAAUCAAUUGGGAAGAAAAUAGUGGAGAAGUGUGGAGGGUUGCCUCUAGCUAUAAAAUCAUUGGGCCAACUUUUGCGUAAAAAACUUUCUGAACAUGAAUGGAUUAAGAUAUUGGAGACUGAUAUGUGGCGUUUAUCAGAUGGGGACCACAACAUUAACUCAGUACUAAGAUUGAGUUACCAUAAUCUCCCAUCAGAUCUAAAGCGUUGCUUUGCCUAUUGUUCCAUUUUCCCCAAGGGUUAUAGAUUUAAAAAAGAAGUAUUGAUCAAGCUUUGGAUGGCAGAAGGUUUGCUGAAGUGUUGCGGAUCAGACAAAAGUGAAGAAGAGUUUGGCAAUGAAAUUUUCGGUGAUCUUGAGUCAAUUUCAUUUUUCCAACAAUCAUUUGAUCCAUAUGAGCACUAUGUCAUGCAUGAUCUUGUCAAUGAUUUAACAAAAUCAGUGUCAGGAGAAUUUUGUUUGCAAAUAGAGGGUGCUAGGGUGGAAGGUAUCAAUGAAAGGACACGUCAUAUUCAGUUCUCUUUUCCAUCACAUUGUGAUGAUGAUUUUCUUUUGAAGAAUCCAAAUGGUGUUGAUAACUUACUAGAGCCAAUUUGUGAGCUUAAGGGACUACGAAGUCUGAUGAUACUACAAGGCAUGCGAGCUUCAAUGGAUAUAACCAACAAUGUGCAACAUGGUCUAUUUUCAAGACUAAAAUGUCUGCGGAUGCUAACAUUUAGAGGUUGCUAUCUCUCAGAGCUUGUGGAUGAGAUAAGCAAUUUAAAACUUUUGCGUUAUCUAGACCUUUCAUACACUAAGAUUAGAAGCUUACCUGAUACCAUUUGUAUGUUGUAUAAUUUACAAACACUCUUGUUAAAAGGUUGUCGUCAAUUGACUGAGCUCCCUUCAAAUUUUUCCAAACUCGUCAAUUUAUGUCAUCUUGAACUCCCUUGUGAUAAUUUUGGAGACCCUCGUAUAAAGAAGAUGCCAAAGCAUAUGGGAAAGCUAAACAAUCUUCAAAGCCUAUCAUAUUUUAUUGUGGAAGCCCAUAAUGAAUCUGAUCUCAAAGAUUUGGCAAAACUCAACCAGCUUCAUGGAACAAUUCAUAUUAAAGGGCUGGGUAAUGUCAGUGAUCCUGCAGAUGCUGCCACAUCAAAUUUGAAAGAUAAGAAGUAUUUAGAAGAAUUACAAAUGGAGUUCAAUGGCGGAAGAGAAGAAAUGGAUGAAAGAAGUGUGUUAGUCUUGGAGGCUCUAAAACCAAAUAGCAACUUGAAGAAGCUCAACAUCACACACUACAAAGGUAGUAGAUUUCCAAAUUGGCUAAGGGGUAGUCAUUUACGCAACUUAGUAUCUCUUGAACUGAAUGGUUGUAGAUGUUCCUGUUUGCCAAUACUUGGACAACUCCCUUCUCUCAAGAAACUUUCCAUUUAUGACUGUGAAGGAAUAAAGAUCAUUGAUGAAGAGUUUUAUGGCAAUAAUUCAACAAUUGUUCCAUUCAAGUCCCUUGAAUAUUUGAGAUUUGAGGAUAUGGUCAACUGGGAGGAAUGGAUAUGUGUAAGGUUUCCUUUGCUUAUAGAGCUUUCUAUAACAAAUUGUCCUAAACUGAAAGGCACCCUGCCUCAACAUCUUCCUUCUUUACAAAAAUUGAAUAUUAGUGGUUGCAAAGAGUUGGAGGAAUGGUUAUGUCUUGAAGGGUUUCUUUCUCUUAAAGAGCUUUAUAUAAGUCAUUGUUCCAAAUUCAAAAGAGUAUUGCCUCAACUUCUUCCACAUCUUCCAUCUUUACAAAAAUUGCGGAUCAAUGAUUGCAACAUGUUGGAGGAAUGGUUAUGCCUUGGAGAGUUUCCUUUGCUUAAAGAUAUUUCUAUAUUCAAAUGUUCUGAAUUGAAAAGGGCUCUGCCACAACACCUUCCUUCUUUACAGAAACUGGAGAUUAGAGAUUGCAACAAGUUGGAAGCAUCAAUUCCUAAGUGUGAUAAUAUGAUAGAGUUAGAUAUACGGAGAUGUGAUAGAAUUUUGGUAAAUGAAUUGCCUACCAGUUUGAAAAAGUUAGUCCUUUCUGAAAAUCAGUACACCGAGUUCUCUGUGGAGCCAAACUUAGUCAACUAUACCAUUCUUGACGAGUUGAAUUUGGAUUGGAGUGGUUUUGUAAAGUGUCCUUCUUUGGAUUUGUGUUGUUAUAAUUCUCUUGGUGAUCUUUCAAUAAAAGGAUGGCACUCCUCCUCCUUGCCUUUGGAACUACACUUGUUCACCAAACUUCAUUAUCUGUGUUUGUUUGAUUGUCCAGAGCUGGAAUCGUUUCCAAUGGGUGGUUUGCCUUCCAACUUGAGCCUCCUUGGAAUACACAAUUGCCCAAAACUGAUUGGUUCGAGAGAGGAGUGGGGUUUGUUCCAACUCAAUUCCUUGUAUUCAUUCUUUGUCAGUGAUGAGUUUGAAAACGUGGAGUCGUUCCCAGAGGAGAAUCUGCUGCCACCAACUCUGGAGUUUCUUGUGUUGGAUAAUUGUUCAAAGCUAAGAAUAAUGAACAAAAAGGGUUUUCUCUAUCUCAAAUCUCUUAAUCGGCUAUUAAUUGAAAACUGUCCUAGUCUUGAGAGCUUGCCAGAGAAGGAGGAUCUACCGAACUCCCUUAUUACUUUGUGGAUUGAAGGUAAUUGUGGAAUAAUAAAGGAGAAGUAUGAAAAGGAGGGAGGAGAGCGUUGGCAUACAAUUAGUCACAUCCCGAAUGUGUGGAUUGAUGGCAUUAAGCAGGAAUGAGAUGUUAUGGGUCCCACGUUUGGUCAAAUCUUUUUGGUUUGGAAGGCUAAGAGGAUUUUGCGUUUGGGAAUGGUGUAAAGAGCGGUGGCGAUUUAUUUUAUGUCUUUGGGACAAUUUGAGGGUAGUCUGGUAAAUAGUGAUUGUGGUAUUUUACCCAAAUGGAGUUCCCAACACAUCUUUUUUCCUCUUCUGAUGAAUUACAACCUUUGUGCAUCUUAUUUCACAAUCAUUUGAUGAUGUAUGGACUUUGUACUGUAAUAAAUAAUCAGUCUUUAUUUGAGUUCUUACAAUUAAAACCAGUUUCCAUCAGAUGUCUUUUGAAAACAAGUGCAAAAAAAUAAAAUAAAAAAUAACACUAUGUUACGCAA